AUGAAACUUAUAUUGAAUUUCCUUAUUUACCACCAAAUAGUGUCAUUCAAUUUUGGGAGUAAUACAAUGAUUUGUAUCAAAAAUUCUUUCAAAAAUGAAUUAAGAUAUCAAUUAAAAAUAUAAUGUAAACAAGCCAUAACAUAAGGAUUUUAAUUGAAACAUUAAUAUAUUUAAAUAGAUCAAUUUGAUAGCUGAUUUAAUUAAAGCAUUGUUAGCAUCUUCAAGAAAAAUAUUUAAAGAUAAUAUAGAUGAUUUAGCAUAUUAAGUAAAAAAAGAUUUAUCAUCUGAAAAACAAAUGAUUAUAAAGAAAUUAGUACAAGAACUAAUGGCUGAACAUUCAAGAAGAAGACCAUCAACAUAAGAUAGCAAAAAAAAGAUGGAAUUGUUAUAACUAUGA